AUGUUUUGCUGGAGAUGGGCAGGAAACGUUUUACGGAGGCGCUACUGUAAGCAUAGUGGAUCAGUGCAUGUUCUACGGGAGCUGAGGAAAAUUGCCAUCUUGGAGGCAACCACGGAUAAGCCGGUGCACGCGCGUGAUAGCACGUCGUCAUCAUUCUUGGCGUCAUCAUCCUCACCUGCCUCAGCCUCAGAGAAGGAGAAUAUCUUGCAAUCAUUGGACAGUGCUCUUGAGGCGGCGUGUAAUCGGGUAAAGUUUUCCAGAGGCGUUCUCAGCGAGGCCAACAUGCUUAGUUCAUCAACAUCGCUUAGAGCCACUUCUUUGAGUCAUUUUUUGGCGGAGUGCCGUCGUUUGAGACUGGAGAUUGGGGAGGCUCGUGAUGCUAAUAACCGCCUUCGUCUUCGAGGGGCCAUUAGGGUGUUCUGGUCGGAGAACGUGGAUAGUGCUUUGGCCUGCUGCUCCCUGCAGGGGAGGGACUUUGGGUUCCUUGCCGGGUUUGGGCUUAUCGACGACGCCUUACAUGUAUGCUUCUCCUCCCUACAGCUUGCACUUCAAUGCGUAGCGCGCGAAAAGAGUACUUGCGCUUCCACGAGCAUGGUGUUGGCUCUACACUACAUGGCCCGGGAGCUGGACCAUUUGGAAAAAAAAGCUAUGGGACCAGCAGCAUCACACUUCACGUGGCUACAAAAGAGGAGGACAAUGUUGGAAGGGAAGACUGAAUUUAAACCGCUGAAUCAAGGCAACAUCAACGUUGACGUUAACGGUGAUGGGGCUACCACAGAGUUGGCGGUGCCGACAACGGCAGAAUUAAGAAUCUUUAGGCGAAGCGUUGCCACCCUUGGUGUGGAGCGUCUCUACCUCUUCUUCAUUGAGCGGGGUGAAUCUGGCCGGGUUUUAGGUUCCGCAGAAGACGCUUUACAUGCGUUGGAGUUCUUGACCAUCGUAACAGUUGAUGAUGCUUAUGAGAGUGCGCGUGCCCUUAUUGAGGUGAAAAAGUCACGCUGGUGCCAAUCUAAUGAAGCGUAUCUCGUGACGUCCCUCUUUCGCCAUCUUGUCCACAACAGCAAAGAAUUAAAGUUCACCUCCAUCGUUCACGCGUUUAAGCUACUGCGCAUUUUCAUGCCUUUGCUCUCGCCCUCGGCACCACCACACUCUUUUACUGUGAGGCAACAAGGGCAGCUGAACUGCGGGAACAUGGCCACCUCUUCUAAUCCGGACACUGAUGUUGCGCAUACCUUAAAUGGAGGGGACGCGCCGUCAUUUCGCACAAACUCGGAAUAUUCUGACUGGCAGGCACAGCGUGAUAGUGUGGAUCGUAUUGUUUGGGGACUUUUUACGGCAUUGCAGCGAAAAGAUGCUCGUUUUGUGAAUUCGUUUCACUUUGUGCAAAUCAUGGCUACGAUUUCACGGCUUCCAGCGCAUUUCUUGUCGCGUGCCCCUCGCCCGAGGCGUCAGACAAUUACAAAUUUUGAUGUUUUUGCUGCAAGAACAAGCAACGGAGACGAAGUCACGGCGUCUGUGGCGGAAGGAGCAAUUGGACCCUCCAGAUCCGGAGAAGGAGCUAACUCAAAGACAGCGGAGGAGGUGUGGGAGUAUAUGAUUGCAAAGGCGUGCAUUUUUAUUCCGGGUUUAACUUCAGAUCAGCGGCGUCGCGUGUGCCGUGACCUCCGGCUGGCUGUUCAGAGGCGGGAGAACCACUUUGGAAACACGACAGUUGGGGAUAAACAACAGCGUUCAAAGUUGUCUGUGGUCGAGACCUUGUUGCUGCCGAUGGCGCACGAAUUGUCGCAAUACCCGAUGGACUAUGAGGCCGCCAUGUUUGAUGGUCCAGCAGAAGAAAAAAAAGGGGGGAAUGUGGUUUAG